CUCAUUGUCGCCCCUCUCCCUCACACGUCCUUCUCAUUGGGUUCAUUCUGAGAUUGAUAACUCGGAUGGCUCUCAGCCGUGGCGAUAUCGCAUCCUCGCCUGGGCCUGACUAUGACAAAGGUGUGCAGUAUUGGCAAGGUGUUGAAGCUUCAGUCGAUGGCGUCCUAGGAGGUUACGGCAACGGUCCAGUUCCUCAUAUCGACCAACUAUCCUCUCGCCUUUUCCUUCUCUCCAUACUCCCGCAACUUCACGUCUUCUCAUCUCCCCUCACCCCUCUACCGCGCCCCCCGCCAUACCGUUUGGUCGCCCUCGACGUCGGCGCCGGUAUCGGACGUGUGUCGCGCAAUGUGCUCUUACCACUCUUCGACGAUGUGGUGCUUGUCGAGCCGGCGAACAACUUUAUCCGUGAAGCCCAUAGGUCAGCUUUGUCAGAUGAUUGGCCAGGUCUCUCUCCUUGUAUAAAUCUCAGCCCUAGCACCCCGGCACACGAUUCGACUAUCCCGGAACAGGUGCCGCCGUUAAAUAAGCGGCUCCUCACAGGUAAAGGGACAUACAAGCAGGUGCUGUUCGUCAAGAACGGCCUGCAGACUCUCGAACCUGUGGCCCCUUGUAUGAACGGCCAAGCGGUGGGCCAAGCCUCGUCUCAGAAUGGGACCACCUUCCCGGAGAGGAUGUUAUACGACGUCAUUUGGUGUCAGUGGUGCCUCGGUCAUAUGUCACACGUCGAUCUCGUCGCCUUUCUCAAGAGAGCACGAGCUGCUCUGAGACCCUCGAUGGCCUUCGAUCCUCUCCCGACACCGUUCACCCCUACUCAUCCCGGUGCAUCAGGACACCCACACACAUUCACGGACUCCGGUAUCAUAGUCGUCAAGGAAAAUGUGUGCGAGGACGACCCUUCAGGUGAUAGCCGAGAGAUUUUGGACGAACAAGAUUCGAGUCUAACGAGGUCGGUCGGACGGUGGCGCGAAGUAUUCGAAGAUGCUGGAUUAGUCGUUCUCAAGGAGGAGGUGCAGCACGGUAUGCCGACCGGCUUGUUUACCGUCAAGACAUGGGCUCUCCGAUGAGCGUGUCGAAAGUGGGUCUCCGAUAUGCUGUGGACGCGAUCAGACCGCAGGUGCAUUCCCUCCGUACAACACCACCAUUUGGUUCCUGCAUUCCAACUCUUGAAGGAUAUGCAUUACAUUUUGUUUG